CACAUUUAAGUAUGAUGAGCUCAUGCUUUACUGACAAAGGAAUCCAAGAAUGGAGAAAAAGUAGACAAUAAAGCAAAUAUAAAGUUUGCAUUGCAGUCUAGAAGAACCGAAAGAAAAUCCCAGAAUUAUUUGUCCUAUACACAAAUGGCUAGAGUAGGAGGCAUUUUUUUUUGUCUCCUAAUUGUAAUCAUGGAUGUUGCUGCUGGGAUUCUUGGCUUUGAGGCUGAAAUAGCACAAAACAAGGUUAAGCAUUUGAAGGUGUGGAUAUUUGAGUGUAGACAGCCAAGUCAUGAUGCCUUCAUGUUAGGGUUGGGUGCAGCAGUGCUUUUGGGAUUAUCCCAUGUUAUAGCAAAUUUGUUGGGUGGCUGCAAUUGUGUUUGUUCUCAACAAGAGUUUGAGAAAGCUUCCUCCAAUAGGCAACUCUCAGUGGCUUGCCUUAUUUUAACCUGGGUGGUGGUGGCCAUUGGAUUGUCCAUGCUGGCAAUAGGGGCUAUGUCAAACAACAGGGCAGAUGGUUCAUGUGGUUUCUCACAUCAUCACUUCCUGUCCAUUGGUGGCAUUUCUUGUUUUGUUCAUGGUUUAUUCUGUGUCAUAUAUUACAUUUCUGCCACUUCCUCCAUGGAUCAGUAGGAUCUGGAUUCUCUCCUGCCAUUAUUCCUCUUCUGUUUCUUGUCCUGCAUUGAUCUGAGCCGUCCAUCUACUAGUCCAUGUUGACUGCUACAGUAAAUUUAAAUCAAUGACUAAAAUUUGCGCAGCACCAUCCAGUGGCUGGAGAGUAUGCGGUUCCGAAUUUUGUAACAUAAUAACAUCAACUUUCUUUUGAAAUCA